AUGUAUCAUUUGCAGUGCUUCCACGAAGAUCCCGAGCCAGGCACUCGGCCCCUCAAGGAAUGGCCAUGCAGUCCCGAUAAAGUCAUGGAGCUUCUUACGGCAUGGUACGACAGUGACAAGCCUUUUUUCAAGAAGCAAGACCUUGAAAAUGUAUCGAACCAACUCAAUCGCCGGUACAACACCAGAAAGAAUAAUUCCAAAAAGCAACUGAUCUCUGUCAAGGGCCUCACUGGCUCCAAGAUUAGUUACGAAGUGGUGACUGGGCAAAAUCACACGGGAGCUGCCAUGAAUGAAGACUGGGAGAUCCAGCAACCCAAUAUCAGGUACUCAUGCUAUGAACAACUCAUUUCGUCAGUGGAGUAUGGAAAAAUCAAACUGGAGGAAGCCUUCUUUCCGUUGCAGAUUGAGCAUUCCAUGCUCGUUCGUGCUAGCGACACCAAGCUGCCCAUCUCCGUGCCAUACAUCGAGAACUCUGAGGCUGUGGAUGAGUUUCUCCGGAAUGCCCUGAAGAACUGGAAGGAAUCUCCUGAAUGGGAAAUUCUCAAGGGGCUCCUCAAGCGUGUCCCCACCCAUGAGAUUCACAAGAUUAUUGGUAUUGCAUCUGGAUCGAUGGAAUUCGGUGCCGAUGAUGGAGAUUGCACCCGUCGCAGCGCUGUGCAGCAUUCCCUUAUGAUCGCUCUCAAGGAGAAAAUUGAAGAUAUGAAAGAUGCAGAGGUCCGAUGCUAUGCCCAGGAACCCCGCUACACCGCCGUUGACGCCUGGGCUCUUGCGGAGCAUGGCUGCCAAGUUCUGGAAGACCCUCAAGCUUUGCUUGAAAUUGACAACGACUGCAUUCUCUUUUCUUGCUGCCCAGCUAUCCCACUGAAGGAAAUUACUGCUGACUUUGCUCGCCCUGUCAUGCUGAUUUGGGAUCGAGUUGUCUAUGGAGGAAACAGGAGAUUUUCUCCUAUGCAUAACCCGAACUCCACUCGUGUGGUGAACAUGGUUGAGGAUGAGUAUGACUGCUACUCGUUCUGGGACUUGCACGAUACUGUGCUUGCUCCCUUCAUGUCCGAACUGGUUGUUUACAUCCGCCGUAGUGCGGAGUAA